AUGUCCCAAGUGCAUACCGGAACCCCACCAGAUGCCAACGUCCCACCUCCCCAUCUCUACGACAUUUCCUCCCUUUCCAUCCUCCCGAUUGAGCUCCGGGACAUCGUGUUCGACUUUAUGGCCGCCAUCCCCUGCCCAAGCAAUACGUACACCAUCGUUCGUCUGUCCAAAAAGCACUUCCACGAGUUUAUCCACCUUCUAUACAAGCACAUCCGAGUAUCAGACGAGGCCAUCCUCAGAGGCCUGUUCAACGGCCUCCUGGAUGAUGGAGUUGAUCACACCAAAGGAUCGUUGUAUCAUAAGCGGGAUCUACUCGGCCGCUGCUCCUCGAUGCUCAUAGCAUCCUUGUACGCUUGGGAGGCUGUCAAAGAAGCGAUCCAGGCUUGGGCCAUGGCCGUCAAAAACCGCCCACAAGAAACCGAAGGAUCAGUGCAACAAAAACUUGAUGGGGAAGGUUCUAAGAUUGGUGGUAACUAUCAACCUCAUGCUUCUUUCUGUAUUGUCGGCCUAUCUCGCAAACCUCUUCAUCCAGAAGCAGCGCCAAGGACCGACGAUAAGCUCAACACCAUCGUCGUUCCCCCUGGUAUGGGGAUCAAAAUGAUGUCCGACAACGUUGUGACUCGCUUUCUCCCCCCGGCAGAUUGUAUCUAUCCUCAAUCCGUCGGCGCCGGGCUCGAAGUCCUAGUCGGACGCGACUUGCUCGUCGUCGAGCUUUUACCCGUCAAAAUGGAAGAGACUGCCAAUGAGGAAAAGGAGGGUUCGGUCAUACAUCGGCCAUCUGGAGGACAUAGGAAUGAGGAUGCGGUCAAGGUUCAUAUCGACUAUAUCGUCCGUUAUUGCGUAAGCACCAUAUCUGGCUGGAAUACCGAAAAUCAAGAGUGA